AUGUCUACGAAUAAAAAGUAUAGAUGCGUCAACUGUGGGAAGCCCUGUUCCGCGUUGUACAGAACGUACGGAAAGUCCGUUCUAAAACUAACAAAAUGUGCCAUCUGCAAAGGCAUUGUAGACAAGUACAUAGAAUAUGAUCCUGUUAUAGUUAUGAUUGACCUGGUGCUAGUAUCCAAAGAAGCUCAGAGGCAUAUUUUGUAUAACACUGAUUUUAAGGCAUACUGGAAGCUCUUCAUAAUAUUGACAAUGCUGGAAACAUAUGCAGUGUGGCGCAGUGACAGCCUUUUUUCAAUAGCCGUUAACACAAUAUGUGAUGUAAAUAGUAUUAAUACAGUCAAUUCUACAAAAAUAAACAUUCCUUUCUCUUUGCCGGAAUCUUGGAUAAGCAGUUGUAGAGGUUGGAUUCAAGAAGGGCGCGGAGAUGAUACAGAUCUCUUUAUCUGGGAAAAAGAUUUUUAUGUGCAGUUCCUUUCAACACUUUCAGGCAUCAUAAUCUUCAUUGCUACGACGCACGUACUAAUGGAAAUGAUACAGUCCGUUGGCACAAGAAGUAAAGGCUCGGUCGGAGUGGGGCGUCUGUUGCGCGCUUUCUCGCUCUCGGCGAGUGGGGGGGCGUUCUCUCUGGCGGCCCUGGUGUGGGGCGCCUCCGCCGCCAGGAGCCUGCACUACGCCCUCGUCGCUCUGUACGCCUUCGUGGUCUUCGGGAACGUCUUCUCAGUUGUAUACGAGACUCCAACAUAUUUAACGAUGUUAGCACUAGUUGUGAGCAACACGGCGAAAUGCUACACGACGUUUCACAUGACGCCUUUUUUGAGAGGGUUUAUUUCG